ACCCCCGUGCGACCGAGCCGGACCUCCCAAACCGGGAUACGGUGGCCUUCAUCAUGGACAUACCGGCCCACAUUUCCCUGGCCCGUUUGCAGGUAGCCAGCGCGGAUCUGGCCGAGACGGUGUGGACGCUGAUCGCGGAGAGCGUCGAGUGGCGCGUGACCGGGGAGGAGGUGCGGCGGGCGGCCGAAUGGGUGGCCUGGAUCAAGGCCAACCGGGCGCAACUGCAUCUCAAGAAACACAGCCGGCGGUAUUGGGAAGGGACCAUGAUGAAAAUGCUGUGCCAGACGUUGUGUGGGCUGCAGGCGCUGGGUCUGGACGGUUCACCCGGACUAGGCGGCUGUCGGUGCAAGGAUGCGGUUUUCCGUCAGCCCUUGUCCCUCUCCCAGCUGUCGCCGCUGGCGCUGGGCUGCGUGGUGCAGUGCGCCGAGGAGUGGGAGCUGCGCUGCAAGGGGCGCCUGUGGUUUGGGAAAACGGACGAGCGGGCAUUCUUCCGGACCCUCGUGGAGACACGCGCCUGGCGUCCCUGAACGGCUGUCCGUUGAGCCACAC